AUGGAGGAUGCAAAGAAUGCUGGAAACGUGCGCAAACUGUUCCACUUGAUUCUUUUGACUGGUCCUCGGAAACCUCUUGUCAGAGAAAUAAUCAGGGACCAAAAUAGCUCCCUAAUAUGUAGCAAAGCAGAACGUUUGGACUGCUGGGCACGGUACUUCGCGCACCAGUUCAGCUGGUCAUCUGCUACCUCAAAUCCAGAAACCUGGCGUUCAACAGAAAGGUGGACCGUAAAUAUGGAACCACCUUCAGUCUCAGAAGUAUCCAGAUGUAUUUCUCUACUCAAGUGUCUUCAUGCUGCUGAUCCUGACGACCUUCCACCUGCAUUUUUUAAGGAUGGCGGUGGAUUCCUCAGCCAGUGCCUGUCUACCCUUUUUGGGCCUACCUGGGAGAAGCAGACCGUCCCGGACAACUGGGGUGAAUCAAUAGUGGUGCCCAUUUUCAAAAAGGGUACUCGCAGUGAAUGUAGUAACAACAGAGGUGUUAGUUUGAUGCCUGUUGUGACAAAGCUUCUGGCGUCACUGAUUCUUCGUCGUCUUACGGUGGCACGCGAAGCCUUGACUCGUGAGAAUCAAGCGGGAUUUCGACCAGGGUAUACCCCAGAAGUUUGCAAACAUAAUCUGAUCCUUAUAUUCACAUACUUCUGGGCGGGUGAGGGCGUUUGACAAGGAUAUCCAUUCCCUCCAUUCUUGUUCAACUUUGUCAUCGAUGAGAUAAUGAGGCGAACACUGGACGGUCUUCAAAACCCCGGUAUUCAAAUUGUUGCUGAUGAGAGCCUUGUCGAUCUGGAGUACGCAGAUGACAUCGUCCUCAUCUUUGAAGACCAAAGCGAAGCACAAGCCCUAUCGGAUAAACUGACCACCAUCAUACAAUCUUUUGGCAUGCGUCUUUCACCUUCAAGGUGCAAAUUCAUGCUUCAGAACGUGCCAUCUGCGAACAUAUCCCUUACACUUCAAGGAGAAUCAAUGGAGAUUGUGGAAAAAGUUAUAUACCGCGGUAGUUGUAUUAACUCUGACGGAAGUGUGUCUGAAUUCAAUGCAAGAAUCUCAAAGGUUCGAAUCGCGUUUGCUAAUUUGCAUCAGUUGGGGCGUCAAAAAGGCAUUUCACUAGAUUUUAGGGGUCGUGUGUACCAGGCUACAGUAAGGGCUGUGUUGUUGUAUGGGUGCGAGACAUGGCCUCUACGGGGGCCUCUUCAGGUUUUCGACCACCGAUGCGUGGUGACUUUGGACGGCGUCAGCGUGUUAGUAACAAGGCACCUCAAUCCGAGAAAGUAUCCAGCAUCAUCGAAUACGAUGGCUCGGUCAUGUGCUACGCAUGCGGAAACACCGUCUGCUGAGUCGAGUGUUAUUCUCUGCGCCUCCUUCGAGAUGGCGCAAACCGCGAGAAGUUUCCUUACAAAAAGUGGCGUCCGACAAGGAUGUGCGCUCUCUCCAUUCUUAUUCAACUUCCUCACCGAUGAAACAAUGGGGCGAACACCGGGAGGUGUUCAAAUCACUGCUGGUGAGAACCUUGUCAACGUGGUGUACGCGGACGACAUCGUCCUCAUCUUUGAAGACGAAGACGAAGCACAAGCACUGUUGAAUAAGCUAAACACCAUUAUACUAUCUUUCGGCAUGAUGGGGUUCCCGUGUCUCGUCGUGGGCCUGGUUGAAGAAGUUGCAGGAAUCAAAGGCUUCAGUGACGUUCGUGUCGUCAACUUCCCCUCAAAGUGGUUCCAGCAUGGACCGCCAAUUUUCACUGACAAAGAGAUUACCAUCGAGUUCCAUUAUCGACUAACGGUUGUCAUUUUCUUUUCCCAGGUGUUCUCUCUCCUGCAGGAUUCCGCGGAAACCGAAACAUUAGAAUCGAAGGACUCACUGUCUCCCUCGGUCAACAUCACUCUCCGUCAGAUUCACUUCGCCAAACCUAGUCGCUGUACAUGUAAUCAGCCGUCCAGUCAAUCAUCGAAUGUUGUGUCAAGGACGUUUACGGGGGCACCUCAGGCUCCUUUCGCCUUGAUUUACGUUCGGCCGUUCUCUUUUACCGAACCAAUUCCUGAACUUUGUCGUUCUUGCUCUGGUCGUCCUAUGCUUCCGCCUGAAGAUAUUGUUGUGUUCGAUGAGCUCUUCUCUAUGUGGCGUUGGCUUCUGGUCUUUACACACCACCAUUCAAAUCCGUCUGCACCUAAAAAGCACAGCCUCAGUCUGCUCUCACUUUCGACGCUGCUACGGUAUCUGUUCCAGGAAUGGGGUCACAUCAUCACACGAAUAGAGUUCCAGAACGAAGCAACCACGUGGAAGCAACUCCGCGGGUUGCAUAACUAUUUUGGGGUUUUUGCUGCUGCUCUUCUCCUCAUCUACGACGAUGAUGUCCGCUCAUCGACUGAUAAUCCUCAUUCGUCACCUCUGGCUCUUGUUGAAGACUUGGCGUCAACCAUUUCCUCACGAUCGGACAACGAUGGAAAUUGUAAGCGGACACGAGUCAUUGAGGAAAAUGUGCGGACCGAUCCGGAACAGACAAAUCUAUGGGCGCUGCUCAUUCGCCUGGUUUCUUCUGCCGACAAAGGGGGCUCUUUUUGCAUAUCUCUUUUGACUACCGGCUCACGUGAUCCCAAUCGACCUGGAAGAGGGGAUGGAUUUUCGUCAAAAGCUCGGUUACGGACUCAGGAUCGAUUGGCGCAUGACGUUUUAUUGGAACUACUUCAUAUAGUAACGCUUCCGAAAUUUCAGACUCAUUUCGGUCACCUUCGGCGUGUGAUCUCUCGUCAUAUGGAUAUUCACUUUACCAAACUCUGCGACACAGCUCCUGAGUAUUUUACUUACCCAGUGCCUUGGCGCCUACGUCUUUUUGUGUUCUGUGGCCACCUGCUUCCUGAGUUACAACUGGCCAGAACGUGCGCCACCUCGGCCGCCUUAACUGCUUUCAACCCUGCCCUCAGUUUCUUCAUAAACCAGCUCUCGGGAUCUAAUGUCUCGAUGGAUGAAGAAUCAGCCACCGAUCAUCUGAAGCGUUUACUCACCCUUCUUUUUGGAACACACCUAUCUUCUAUUCUCACUUUCCACCAACGCGUUCCCUGCGGUAUCCUGAAACAUUCAUCCUGUGAAUUAUCUUAUGGCUUCGUUAUUCACCGGACAGUCGCCAUAAGUGUUCAGCAGCUGGCUACCGCCAUUGAGUAUAUCUGCCAAACAUUGGCCAAACUUCCUUUAAUGUGUGAACCAUAUCAGUUGGACUCAAAUCUGCACACACUCAGAGCACUCAUUCUUCUGGCUGUUAUUUGGUCUCAUUUAUCCCAUGUGAAAGCACAUGUGCUUCAUUUAACUCACGCAGAAUUCAACAAUCUACUUCCUUCUUCUAUUGUUGAAAUCUUAUUCCGAAAGGUUAUCCAAGUUUUGUUUAAAAACCCCACCUCGUCGAAAAAACGUACGGAGUUGACCUCGGAGACUUUCGUGUGUGAGGAUUCGAACACCCUAUUGCUAAUACAACGAAGCUUCGCAGUAUUGCUGAAACAUGUUUUAAUCGGAGAGUGUAGCGACAGUGGUGAAAUGCAUCCAUACUGGGAACAGUUGAUCCACAGCGUUAUCCAGAAGCCAGUCCCGUUCUGCCUGAAAUCCCCAAAUACGCCUACAGGAACACGUACACCACACCUGUCCCAUGGUUCCCGAUUUGGGGAUGAUGAAUUUCUCGACUGUGUACCAGCUUCAGCGAACAAUCUUGAAACAGACGCGGAUGAAUCCACACAAGAGAAGCUUCUCGAAUCGGAAAAGCAAGAGCAGGAAACUAAUAUGAUGCUUUUGAGCGCUGUUGUGUGCCACGCCCUGCGAAUUCGUUCAUCCAGCUUAGUUCGACUACUUCAAUGUCGAUUUUCUCAAGUGUUUUCCAACUCUGUUUGCGACACAGCAGAAUCCAUUGACUGGCUUUGUACAGUAAUAGACAAUCUCACAAGAUCCAGCAAACUCUCUGUGUGUAGCUUAAUGUUUCCGUGUUCAGACGUUACGUUUGACAGUGAGUUCAUACUGCUAUUCAGUUGCCUCGUUGAUGCCAUUCGUGAAUCGCUCAAAGUCAGACUUGCCCGCAUCAGUCGAGUCAAAUGUAUCAGUCAGUUAGUGAAGUUGAUUCGCUGUAGCUGCCAACUGACCGAAUGCACUGUCCGGCAAGUACGUAACCAGCACAAAAAGACCUCCAAAGAAUCGGACAACUUGCAGCGAUGGUAUUCAAUAGGACAGCAUCUGGAUCAGCUGAAUCGAACUGUUUGGUCCGUUGUGGCAAAGCAUGGUACUCAUCUUCUCUGUGGACUUGGUCAGGUCGCAAUCGAUUGUGUUCGGUCUUGGUUCAAGGUACGUCACCGUCGUUUACGUUUCGGGAAUCUUGAACGAACCUGGGCACUCAACCGUAGACCACUUUCUCUGGAACAGUGCAUCACUUUCUCGUCGACCGGCUCCAGUUCUUCCUCAUCUUGUGAUAUGACUUUGCAUAUUCAUCGGCUGAUCCAUUCGAUCCUCGUUUCCGUAUCUGGCCUCCCUGUAUCUGACUGUCAAAGAAGUGACCCAUGCGAAGAACCGCACUCUUCGAUGACCUUACACAUUGCGCUUAGCUGUUUUGUCCAGUCCUGCAUACAGCUGACCGAUUUGUGUUCCACCUCUGGCCGAGGCUUAUCCACUGAAAUCUUCCAGGUUCGACCCUAUCUGCUCCCACUCGUUCUCACGGGAUGGCUCCGGAGCAAGUCCUCCUUUGAACAAGACACGGUCAGACUGUUGAGCGAAUUUCCGUGGAAAUGUUGGGGUCUUGAUAAUUGGUCGGGAAGCUCCAGCUCACCCCAGUCCGAUCUGGUUUUCCUCGUUCUGAGUCGCUGUAAUCCAAAGCUAGUCGAGGUCACGUGUGCCCAACGCAUUACUGAUGUGCCUUACAUUAUCGGUACUCUCGCUUUCGACGAACACCGCCUGACUGGAACAGGUUCAUCUAACUUGACAACGCGUUGGAGCGCUUUGCAACACCAGAUAGGCGGAUCAGAGAUGAUUAGACAACUAUUCGCCGAACCUUCUACUGUGGCCACCGUCGUGGAACACAUCCUUCGUCUUCUCGCUUUGUAUCAGUCUGCCGACAACCCUGCCCCCAGUAGUACGCACUCUUAUGAUCUGCUGCCACCAUACAGCCGAGAUUUGGUACUGUGCCUCUGUCGUCUUGCAACAAGGCUGGAACUUGUGAAAACCGAUCCUUUUGAAUCCAAACAUCCUUCAGAUUCGAUUGAACCGUUUAUUCCAGCACUCUGUAGUCUGUUUGCUUCGAGUUCCCAAUUGCCGGCUUUCCGGAUAUUCAGCUCUUAUUUCGAGAAAUCGAAACUGCUGUGUUGCCCCGCAUUACUUCGUUAUCAGAACUGGAAUCUCAACCAACUGCAAGAUCUUCUUGUCAAAUUCCUAGCACCUGGCAGUGAUGUAGUGCCGAUCGACCAGUUAGAGUUUUCCGUCGGUGCCCGACACACCCAGCUACAGCAGACCGCUGCAGCCAUCUGUCAGUCCUUCAGUGUCAGUGCCCACGAACUCUGCAUCGUCCUGACUACCCUCUAUGAACGGAUUUCCUACGCUUUAUUCUCUCCGGCUUUCGAAUCAUUCCGGGAUGAACUCACUCCCGUCCUCAUUGACCGUGCAACCCGUGCAGCUGGUUUGAAGUGUUUGUCUUUGCUCAAACGUCUGCUUUCUUUGUUGAGCCAAAUGGAGGUCGAGGUAGAAUGCAGUUGGGCUACGAAAGAUGACUCUUUGCUGGGUUCCAACGAAUUUUCUGUAGUCAAUCCAGUGAAUCGAGCAACUUGGAGAUGCUUUCUCGGAACAGCGCAUCUAGCUGCUUUCUGCAAUUCUUCCAGUGCCUCUAUUGCCAGUCAAGUUUUGCAUCGACUGUUUGGCGAGUGUUCAUGCUCUUUGGACCCGUUGUUAUCCAAUAGUCAUGCCUCGAAUUCAAUGGCUUCCUUGUCCACCAUGCUACUCCCGUAUUUCUCGGUGCGUAACACCGGUCGGAAUACAACUAAUUUCACCGAAGCUCAGCUAACUGUGCUACAACAGCUAUCUGAAUUGACGCGGACCGAGAUCGUUCAGUUUGUAGUUGAUCACGUGAAACUAACUGUAUCUUCCUCGUCUGCUGAAGGCCUGGCCAGUGAACAAAACUGGCCUGUUCCCUUUAUCCUUUGGCUAUUAAGCUUGCCACUGACGCUCAGUCCUAUCUACAAGGCCUUACAGCCGCUACUUCCAGUUUCGCCCAGUUUAUGUAAACAAAUCUUCCCAUGGCUGAUAUUGAGCGUCUUCACCGCAACCGAUGAACUUUCUGCUAGCGUUAGCGAAGCUCUGAAACUCGGUCUAGCCGACGGUAUUGCUUGGUCCCUGAAGCAGUCAUCCGUGUGUAGAUCAAUCGAAGACCUCUGGAUCGAUUCCCUACUGGCCCUUCAUACUUGGGAGCAAUGGACUCGAACUAAUAGUGGUUCUCCACCCGAAUGGAUAACGUCACAUUCAACUCGACGGCGGGUUUGGCUGGGCAUAUGCCGUCUUUUCGCCGACUUACCUGGACUGCGUACCGCCCAAAUCGCUUUCCUCGCCCCUUGUCAGUCAACGGACGACUGCGAAGUUCAAGCACUUGCCUCUGAUCCCACUGCGCACCCAAUGUUUAAGGAAACAAGUGUCGCUGUGAACGAACUUUGUAACAACUGGGACAGGUUGCUCGGUUGGUACGAUUGUUCGCUUCCGAGUUCUUCGUCGGCCAGACUCAAUUUGGCUGCAUGCCUUCACCGAAUGGCUGCAUACAAUCUGGCCCAGUGCGUUUUCGACGAAAGUAUACAUGAGCCGACACUUGAGUCUGCAGGUGAUAUCCUAACAACACGAAGUAGCUCUAGCAAAUACUUUUCUCAGCUCCAAGAACUCAGAGCAGCAACUGCCUGGCGUUUGGGUCAUUGGAGUAGUUCUGCCACCAAAGCUGUUGGUCCACCUCCCACCAGUUGGUCAGAAUGCGGUAUGGAGACAAGCUUCUACUGGAUUGUUGAAGCUAUCCAGCGACACGACUGGGCUCAGGUUGAGACUAUCGCUUCAUCUCUAUGGCAAGGUUUACUGGAUGAUCUGAACAAGCAGCUCUCCACCAGCUUCGACCUUUUUCAUGAAAUCUCCAGCAGUAGUCAACAGAUCAGCUGUUUGGAGCGCUUUGCUGAAGUGGCACGAUCAUUGAGCGUAAACGGACUACCUGAGGCUCUUCUGCAGUGGUUGAACGGACUCUUUAAUGAAAUCUCCCACAUGGUCGAUUCGGUUGCUUCACAGUCAUCCUUGGUCGAUUCGCUCAUUGCCACUGGCUCUUUGGAACCCCUUGAACCGUUUUUAACUUCAUCUUUACGCUUGGUGUCUGCAUUGCUGAUGCAACUUUCCAAUCGCAGUGAAACACCCAUUACCAGAAGCCGCGCAUUUGGACUGUUAGAGCAUACUUAUUUCGAAGCAGCCGAAAGUGCUCUAAUGACAGGCGAAUUACGUUUGGUCGAUCACUGGCUUCAAGAUGUGGCAUUGUAUCGGGCGAUGGCCACAAACCCUGAAUCACGUCAGCCCUCCGAUUGUGAACAAACUCUGCUGGUUUCACAAGCAUGGCGAGAAUUGCGUUCAGCUGAACUAGUGGCACAGCUCAGUUUCUAUCGGGGGGAGAAGCAUAUCUCCGUCAGUCACCUCUACACCGGCCUGGAAACAGCAAUGCAUGUUCUGAAUCGGCCUCUGGAACACUGUGCCCUUCUGGUUCGCCGUGGUUUCAUUGGUGCUUAUAUGCACUGUGUCACCACUUUGUGCAGUUGGCUAUUUGCGUCCCGUUCAAAAAGUGCGGGAGAUCUACUGACUAACUAUCUGGAACCGGUUCUGAAUCGGCCUCUGGAACACUGUGCCCUUCUGGUUCGCCGUGGUUUCAUUGGUGCUUAUAUGCACUGUGUCACCACUUUGUGCAGUUGGCUAUUUGCGUCCCGUUCAAAAAGUGCGGGAGAUCUACUGACUAACUAUCUGGAACCGGCAAUGACCAUGGCAAGACGUUGGGAAGCUACAGUUGAUCCGGAAGCGCUGGCGAAUUUGGCCCAGUUUGCAGAUUCGCAGUUCACCACUCUUGACUCCUAUCUAGCGUCUCCUGAGUUCGCCACUCGUCGGCAGUUGUUGACUGAAGCUCAACGUGACGUGGAAUGCUUAACAGACCUGGGGGAGAAGAGCCGCCUUCUCCGGAUUCUCCAACGCCAAUCUGCUCUUGAAGUGGAAGAACUGGAAGCGUUCACAUCAGAUGCCGACCGCUACCUCGAAGCUUCCCUUGAUGCGUAUGCCCAGUGCCUGGCUUUGUCAGAUUCGCAUGAUCUACAAAUCUACCGGCUAAUAUCUCUGUGGUUUUCGGCUGCUGCUGACCCUUCCGUGCAGUCCUGUCCAAACGCGAGAGCUCGAAUGGUCAAUCGGAUAAUGGCUGAACGGCUAUCGGCAAUCCGGUCGGAUAAAUUCUUACCUCUUAUCCCACAACUUGCUGUGCGCCUUUCCUGUGCCUUUUUGAGUAACACCGAGGCGUCUGUGGGUUUUCAGACAACACUAACUGAGCUCGUAGAGCGUAUCGUUGACGGGCAUCCUCAUCAUGCAGCUUUCACGUUACUAUUUUUGGUCAACGCCGAGCUGGAUGAUGUGUACACUGCCGACUCUACGACCGGUCUUCAACGCGUCACCUCAGCGGCACAACGUUCCCGCCAAACAAGACUGAAUGAUACGAACAAUCGGAUGCUUUCUCAAAAUCAAACUACGGAGCAAAACAGCCGAAUUCAAGCUGCACGGCGCCUGUAUGCUCGCCUGCUCGAAGGUCGUCGUGGUCCACUGCUUCAACAAAUGCAGUCACUUGCUGAAGCCUACGUGGAAUGGGCGAAUUUUAAUGUGGACAAACAUCGUGGAAGCACAGCUGACAUUAAUAGUGCCUCACUUUGGCCUUUCAUUUCCUUUCUCCAAGCUGAUAUCCCUUUUCCCUCUGGAUGUAUGCUCCACCGGUUCGCCAUCUCCCCUCGCCAAAGGAUUAAUGUCCGUCAAGGCAUGGACGCUCUCAGCCUCGUUGCAAUUCCAACUGACGUCUUGAGAAUCGAUCGCUCCGGUCAGUAUGACAGAUCCAAUGUUGUCUGCAUUUCUGGAUUCGCUCCUACCUUUCGUCUUGCUGGUGGCAUAAAUAUGCCCAAAAUUGUCACUUGUUGGGGUACAGAUGGUCGAUCCCGUCGUCAACUUGUGAAGGGUCGUGAUGAUCCCCGUCAGGAUGCGGUGAUGCAACAGGUGUUCGCCGCUGCCAAUCGACUGUUUUAUCAACGGCGUCGUCAAUCGAGGGCUUAUCUUCGGGCAGCCACCAACGCCGCUACCCCGUGUGAUUUCUCACGAUGUAGAUGGUUGGAUGCUGAUGGCGGUCUUCGUGUGCGUACGUACAAAGUUAUUCCAAUGGCCCAACGGAGUGGUGUUAUUGAAUGGUGUGAGGGUACUGUUCCGCUGGGUGAGUGGCUUGCUGCUGACCGAUCUGGUGCUCAUCAACGCUAUCGUCCAAAAGAUUUACCUCCGGGACAGGCCAAACAACGGCUCGCAGCAGUGCGUGAUCGGCCUUAUGAGCGUCGUCUUGCGGUCUUCGAUGAAAUAUGCCAGAAAUUAAAGUACGGCAAAGCUUUAUUUUGUUCUUUGCGCUUGCCUCUUAUUGCACUCCUCAAUGAUCCCCUCAGGUUCGGUCAAUUAUCCCGGCCAAUCAGUUACUUUCACUUAAUUCCAUCUCUACUUGUUCAUAGCCCUGUCCUCGCAUAUUUUUAUCUGGAGCACUUUCCGGACCCACAACAAUGGUGCAGGGCCCGCUAUGCUUAUACACGCUCACUGGCGGCCUCCAGUCUAGUGGGCUACCUCGUGGGUCUCGGUGACCGACAUCCGCACAACCUGCUGUUGCAUCGGGCUUCCGGUGAAUUGGUCCACAUUGACCUAGGCGUGGCCUUUGAUCAAGUCCUAUUGUACGAUCCCCUGUAUUCCUGGUCGAUGACUCCAGCUCAGUUAUGUGCCUUGGAAGCUCGGCGCGCCGAAAACACUUCAACUGUUUAUCAAGUUAAACCCGGAACCUCUGUCCUCAGUGAUCAAACCAACAUUCCUGGUAAAACUGGAAGAACCAAAACUAGUGAUGGCGCCGACCGCUCGCUGAUGAACUCCACAUCUGAAUGCGGUACCGGUCGAUUGCAACCGACAAGAGAACCACUCAACCAGCUCGCCGAACGAGUGUUGCUCAACGUACGCAGUAAACUGGAGGGUCGUGUGACUGGUAAUAUGGCGAGUGCAUCUUCAGAUCAACGGAAGUGUGCUGGACUGGACCAGUUAGACGUUAGUGGCCACGUGGGUAUGCUAGUUCGGGCCGCAACCGAUCGGACCCAGUUGGCCCGUAUGUAUUUUGGAUGGCAGGCUUAUCUCUAACCGAAUCCGCUCCAAUGUAUAUGUCCUCGCCGAUCAUUUUAAUGACAUGUAUUGUUAUUCCCGCCCCCUUAUUUUUGUAUAACUUUUCGUGUUGAAUAUACAGAUUCGCAUCU